AUGUCACACAAAAGAUCAAGAGACGAUUUUGAACAAAUUCCGCAAUUCGCCCUUUACGGCACACCCCUGCCUCGCCUCGACUCCGAUCUGAGAGAUGACGGCUCAUACGUGCCUGUGUGGAAGCAAGAUGCUCGUGACGAGCAGGGUCGCAAGCGUUUCCACGGUGCCUUCACUGGAGGAUACAGCGCUGGUUACUUCAACACAGUAGGCUCGAAAGAAGGAUGGACGCCCUCAACCUUUACCUCAUCGCGUACAAACCGUCGCAAAGAUGCACAAGUUGCUCGCCCAGAAGAUUUCAUGGACGAUGAGGAUCGCGCAGCAGCAGCAGAAGCUCAAAAACUGCAGACCCAAACCGAUUUUGCUGGCCUGGGCUCCACCAGCCAGGAUCAGAUGCGUCGCGGCUUCAUGAGCGACCUGUUUAGACCAGCAGGAGAGACUAUAGGUGUGAAGCUUCUGCAGAAGAUGGGUUGGAGACAGGGACAAGGCGUCGGACCCAAGGUCAGGAGGAAAGCACGUACCGAUGACACUGCUGGCACUGUACCUGGCGACGAGACACAUCUCUUCGCUCCCGAAAACUCACGCAUGGUGGCUUUCAAUCGCAAGAAAGACCGGUUCGGUCUGGGUUACACCGCUGGAGAACGUUUGGGAGAAGCCAGAUCCAGCACCCAGCAAGAUAAUGGCGAGGAAGACAAUCCUGAGCAGUUCGGCCGACCCGCGAAGCCCAAACCGAAAGCAAAGCGUACUGGAUUUGGUGUCGGCAUCCUCAACGAUACCGGCUCAGAUGAAGAAGAUCCUUAUGACAUGGGUCCGAAAAUAUCGUACAAUCGUGUCAUUGGGGGUGAUCGAAAGAAANAGAAAGGCGGCAUCCUCGCAACUACAGCUAAUCCUGCUUUCAGAGGUUUAAAUCAACCGACGUUUCUGUCCAAAAAGUUAGGACAGAAGCAAAGCAGUGGAUUCAGGAAAUGUCACAAUGGUCGUCUUCCACUUGACGGCUUUGUGCUGGCUUCCCNNUCUCUCGUGUUGACCAGUCAAGAGAACAAAUACCCGCCUCCCGAUGUUCCUCAAGGGUGGGAGCCGAAUAAAGCUGUCACUGCGACCAACCUUGAUCAGUCGACUCAUGUAUUUACUGCCGAUGCCGCUCGUGCUUCCACUAUGGAUCCUGCAAAACGAGCAGCAGUACUAGGAGAACAGCAGCUUCCCGGAAAGUCAAUAUUCGAUUUCAUGAGCCAAGCAGCACGCGACAGACUUGUCACGGCGACAGGCAGAUCGAAUCUUCCAAUGGCUCGUGGAGAGUCCGCUCCUGAAGGUUGGCAACGAUCGGAGGCCGAUAAACAAAGGUCUUUGUGGGAUUUGGUACCAAACCUGGACAGUUCAGUCGCAGCUUCGGCAUUGCAACGCGGUACGAGUGGCUGGAUGCCGUACGCAGAAGACGAGGCUAAACGAGCUCGGUAUCGUUCAUUUCUUGAGUCUUGCAGCGGACAGCGUGAUGCACUACCGGAGCGUGUCAAGGGUUCUACUAUAGACGAGUGGACUAAAGAGAUGCGUGAAUUUGCACAAGCGGCAGAGGUCUUCAAACCAAUCUCUGGUCUUAUGGCAUCACGGUUUACUAGCUCGUCAUCGGCACCUCGACUUGCCACAGACACGGCUCCAUCAAGUUCUGAACAGUCUACAAAGCUCGAAGAUCCUGCUGAAGCCGCGGCGAAGAUUGGCAUGUUCGGUCCCAUGACCCGCACGCGUAUUCAGUUCUAUCCUACGCGUCUACUCUGCAAACGAUUCAAUGUCAAAGCGCCAGCCCACGCGGAUCCAGGUAAUGGCCCUACUGGCGAUGACAGUGCCGUUCCAGACAGCAGACUUGAGGUGGUUUCGCAAAACAAGAUGGAUCAGAUGAUGCGCGAGACAUGGUCACGGCCACCAAAUGCCACUGGAGCAAGCAACAGUUCCUCAGCAGAGCCAGCUCAACCUCAAGUCAAGCCACAAGUAAACAUCGAGGUCAAUGAAGCCAUCGAAGCCGAAAGACCUGGCGACGCUGUCUUCAGAGCAAUCUUUGGCAGUGAUAGCGAAGACAAUUAG